AUGCGCGUCCUGGGGCCCCGCCUCGACGCGCUGCGGCUCGCAGAGCUUCCGCUGCUGCCGGCGCUGCUGCCCAGCCUCGGGAACCUCUCACUCCUGGAGCUGAACGUCGAGCACGGCGGCCUCCGCGGCGCGCCCUGGCGGCAGCUGGGUGCCGCGCUGAUGUCGCUCACGGCGCUGCACUUCGUGCCGCCCGUCAGCCCCGCGGGGGGCGUGCACGGGAUUGGCGAGCAGGUCCAAGCCAUCCUGCCGACUCUGGUGGCUUUUGACCUGCCAGUUGUUGAGAUCUUGGCUGGCCUGAUGAAUUGCGAUGAGUCCGAUGUUGACGAGUUCCUCGAUGGUGUGGAGAAGGCCGAGGAUAGCACCUCGGCCGAGGCCGAGGCUGAUCCAGACGACGCUGCUCUGGCGUCGGAGGACCUGGGCAGCGAAGGAGGCAGCGACGACGACGACGGCGGCGGCGGCGGCGGCUGCUGGGCGUGCGGCGGCCGCCGCGCGCGCGGGGGCGGCAGCGGCGCGGCGGCGGCGGGGGCGACCGCUGCGGGGCCGCGGGCGGAGGGCCUCGCGCCGCAGCUGCGGUCGCUGAUGGUCCGGCAGACGGGGGCGUGGGACGAGCGCGCGGCGCGGCUGCUGCAGAGGUUCACGAGGCUUGAGACGCUGUCACUGCUAUGCGGCGGCGCGCGGCGGGCUGAUGGACAGCAGGGGCUGCGGGGCAGCUCGCUUUGGAACGACCUGGCGCCUUUCACACGGCUGAGGCGGCUGAGGAAGCUGCAGUUGCAC